AUGAUCAUGGCAAGCACACUUCUAGCACUCAUGGUGUGCUCGGCGGGCGUCCACGGCAAAGUUAUCAACUCUGUGAUAAUGAAAAUUAUUGCGGAUAUUUGGUCAAAUAACCAGUGGAAGGAAAAUGCCUAUGUCUUUAAAUUUAGCCAGCCAUGCCGAAAUUUUAAAGAAAAUGUUCCUGGAUUUUACGAGCAGCUUCUAAGGAAGAGAGAAGUUAAAGGCGCGUGCUUGUUUCGGCCUGGAGUUUACGAGAUCAAUGAUGCCCCAAUGAACUGGACUUUUCCAAAUAUUCCUAUCAUGCCGUAUAGACAGUACAGGGUCAGAAUAAUGGUUGGUAAAGCAGAAAACCUACAUGCAUGCUGGGUAGUAGAAUGUAGGACUAUUCCGAGGGGUCUGCAACUCGCCUCAGCCGUGUACUUUUGAGUAU